GUUUUGAUAAUUGUUCAUCAAGAUGCCUGUUGAUUCACAAAAAAUACCACCCCAACCUCGAGAUGCAAGGAUAGUAUCUCUCAUUCUCCAAUCAUUAGGCGUUGAAGAUUACGAUCCUAAAGUUGUUCACCAAUUACUUGAAUUUGCACACCGAUAUACGACCGAUGUAUUCCAAGAUUCGUUGAUUUACGCAGAACAUGCCAACAAGAACGAUCUAGACUUGGAUGAUAUUCAGUUAGCCAUUCAAGGACGCGUCAAUCAUUCCUUCACCACACCACCACCCAAAGAGUUUUUGUUGGAGCUCGCUCAAGAAAAGAACAAGAUUCCUUUGCCACUUAUUCCCGAAAAAUAUGGUAUUCGAUUACCUUCAGAUAAACAUUGCUUGACCGGUAUCAACUUCUCGAUCGUACCUGAUGCACCACCUCCACCAAGACCAGUAGAUAAGGUUUCUUCUGGCUUGAUGGAUACACAAGAAACGCUCGUAGAGCCAGAAACUGAGGCUGCUCCGGUAAAUGCACCUGUUGAGGUGGUGAAGCGUGGCAGAGAUGCUAUGGAAGAUGAUGAUUAUGAUUUCUAAAAUCCAACAAAGAGAAGAAAAAUACGUGUACAUAAUGGAUAAAAAUAAUAAAGGAUCAACUUUUUUUUCGGCAAAGUAAAUGUGAAGCUCUGGAGUGUGUGAUCAUGGAUGAUCAAAGAGAAAAUGUCUAUAUUUGUAAGGCCUAGAUAAUGGUGUGCGCGAGGUUUAUGGGAAGUACUUAGUUAAAGAGAC